CGAAACCGAAACCCACUCGUACUGAAAACCCCGCAAAGUCCAACUGCACAUAUAAAUUAUUGAUGAAACAAAACAACGACAGCCGUACAAUUCCUCCAAUACUCGUUUGAACCGUUUACUGGCGGUGUUACCCACCAACCGAAUAUUCCUCCCGAGUAUUCCAUUUGUUUUCUUCUAUAUAACCCAAACACCAAAACUUACGAGGACCCAAAAAACCUGCAACAACCAAAGAAACCCCAAAAAACCAAAAUUCAGAGGCUCUCAGAAGAGAGAGCGAGAGAGAGACACAAACCAAAAACCACACACAACACAACCAUCAACCUACAGAGCCCAAAAUCCCCCCAAAUGUAUGACACAUUGAAGGACGCCUACCAACUGUUUGAAGAAAUCGGCCGCGGCCGAUUCGGCACAAUCAUCCGAGCUUUCUGCCCCAACUCGGCCGAGUUCGUCGCCUGCAAAAUCAUCGACAAAUCGGGCCUCACUGAUGCCCAAGACCGCGCCUGCCUCGAGAAAGAGCCCAAGAUCAUGAGCCUUCUCGCUCCUCACCCCAACAUUCUCAAGCUCUUCAACGUCUUCGAAACCGACGACUCUUUGGCCAUGGUGCUCGAGCUCUGCGAACCCACUACUCUCUACGACCGGAUCAUCAAGCGCCCGCUCUCCGAACCCGAAGCCGCCUCCAUCAUCAAGCAGCUUCUCGAAGCGAUUUCGCAUUGCCACAGGGUCGGCGUCGUUCACAGGGACCUGAAGCCGGAGAACAUUCUGUUCGACUCCAGGAACAAUUUGAAGCUCGCUGACUUUGGGUCGGCGGAGUGGGUCAGUGAGGGAGGGUCCAUGGAGGGCGUGGUGGGCACGCCAUACUAUGUUGCGCCGGAGGUGUUGAUGGGAAGAGCGUACAAUGAGAAGGUCGAUGUUUGGAGCGCCGGCGUUAUGCUGUACAUAAUGCUCGGUGGGAUUCCGCCGUUUUACGGUGAGUCGGCUUCCGAGAUUUUCGAGUCCGUUUUGAGAGGGAAUUUGAGAUUUCCUCCGAAAGUUUUCCGAUCUGUGUCUCCGGCUGCCAAGGAUCUGUUGAGGAAGAUGAUUUGCAGAGACGUUUCCAGGAGAUUCUCUGCCGACCAGGCACUUAGGCACCCAUGGAUCUUAAGUGGUGGAGAAGCAAAUCCAAUAGACUGAUCUGACUUGGUUCGAAGAUAUCAUAUAAAAGCGCACCAGUCAGAGCCAACCCAAGUACAUAUAACAUAUAUCCCAAGUUCCCAACCAUCUAUGUGAAUAUAAGCGAGCCCACUUUCACUCUCUAAAAGCACAAAAA